AAUGCAGAACUGCCAAAAGAAACCCCCCUAAAAGGCAGGACACUUUUAAAGAAAAUAAAGGUGAAUUCCAGGCAUGAGCUUUCGACGGAGAAUGGGGCUUCCCCGACUCGCCCACCCACUUCUCCCCAGGUGCGCAGCCCGCGCCGCCCACCCCGGGCGCGGCGAGGCGACGGGAGCCGAGCUCUCUAGGACCCGAGGAGGAAGAGCUGCAGGGAGACGGUGCCUCAAGCGGGUGCUGCCGCGAGCGGCCUGCCGAGGGGCUGGAAAUGAAAGUAAAGCGCUCCAGAGCCACAUGGACGGAGCUGCCGGGGCGGCGGCGCCGGGAGCAGGAUGCGGCCGCCCGUAAUUAAAUAGCAUUUACUUUUAUUAUUACUAAUAAUAAUAACGUAAUCAUACCUCUAGUCAUAGCAUACCAUUUAUCGGGCUCGGCGCAGGCCCGCGGGGAGCGCAGCCCGGCGGAGGCCUGGACCACUGCAAUAGCCUCCUAAUGAAUCUCCCAGUAUCCUCUCUUGUGAUACGUCCUCCCUGCAGUAGCCAAAAGGAUCUUCUUGCGAAAUAAAUAAGCUCCUGUCACUCUUCUGCUGAAAACUCUCCUGCAGUUUCCUGACACAUGCAAAACACAGCCCUGGCUCCCAGCAUGGCCUAGACUGAUGGAGAGGCAGAAACGGAAGGCGGACAUCGAGAAAGGGCUGCAGUUCAUUCAGUCGACGCUACCCCUAAAGCAAGAAGAAUAUGAGGCCUUUCUGCUCAAGCUGGUGCAGAAUCUGUUUGCUGAGGGCAAUGAUCUGUUCCGGGAGAAGGACUAUAAGCAGGCUCUGGUGCAGUACAUGGAAGGGCUGAACGUGGCCGACUACGCUGCCUCUGACCAGGUGGCCCUGCCGCGGGAGCUGCUGUGCAAGCUGCAUGUCAAUAGGGCCGCCUGCUACUUCACCAUGGGCCUGUAUGAGAAGGCGCUGGAGGACAGCGAGAAGGCGCUGGGCCUGGACAGCGAGAGUAUCCGGGCGUUGUUCCGCAAGGCACGCGCUCUCAAUGAACUGGGACGCCACAAGGAGGCCUACGAGUGCAGCAGCCGGUGUUCCCUCGCCCUGCCCCACGAUGAAAGUGUGACGCAGCUUGGUCAGGAGCUGGCCCAGAAACUGGGGCUGCGAGUUCGCAAGGCAUAUAAAAGGCCCCAGGAAUUGGAAACCUUUUCUCUGCUCAGUAACGGCACUGCGGCUGGCGUGGCAGAUCAGGGAACUUCUAAUGGAUUGGGGUCCAUAGAUGACAUCGAAACAGACUGCUACGUGGACCCUCGAGGCUCCCCGGCCUUCCUCCCUUCCACGCCCACGAUGCCCCUGUUCCCUCAUGUUCUGGACCUGCUGGCCCCUCUGGACAGCAGCAGGACCCUCCCCAGCACCGAGAGCCUGGAUGACUUCUCAGACGGGGAUGUCUUUGGCCCAGAGCUGGACACCCUCCUGGACUCGCUGUCUCUGGUCCAGGGUGGCCUGUCUGGCAGCGGCGUGCCUAGUGAGUUGCCCCAGCUGAUACCCGUGUUCCCCGGCGGGACCCCACUGCUACCACCUGUGGUGGGUGGCUCCAUCCCUGUCUCCAGCCCACUGCCCCCCGCCUCCUUCGGCUUGGUCAUGGACCCCUCCAAGAAGCUGGCUGCCUCUGUGCUGGAUGCCCUCGAUCCCCCGGGCCCCACCCUGGACCCCCUGGACCUGCUGCCGUACUCGGAGACCCGGCUGGAUGCACUCGACAGCUUUGGGUCGACACGAGGCUCCCUGGACAAACCUGACUCCUUCAUGGAGGAGACCAACUCACAGGACCACCGUCCCCCUAGCGGUGCUCAGAAACCAGCCCCCUCGCCAGAGCCCUGCAUGCCCAACACUGCCUUGCUCAUCAAGAACCCCUUGGCUGCCACCCACGAGUUCAAGCAGGCCUGCCAGCUCUGCUACCCCAAGACAGGCCCCCGGGCUGGCGACUACACCUACCGUGAGGGCCUUGAGCACAAGUGCAAGCGGGACAUCCUGCUCGGCCGGCUCCGGAGCUCAGAGGACCAGACCUGGAAGCGGAUCCGGCCCCGGCCCACCAAGACCAGCUUCGUGGGCUCCUACUACCUGUGCAAAGACAUGAUUAACAAGCAGGACUGUAAGUACGGGGAUAACUGCACCUUCGCCUACCAUCAGGAGGAGAUCGACGUGUGGACCGAGGAGCGGAAGGGCACCCUCAACCGCGACCUGCUCUUUGACCCGCUGGGGGGUGUUAAGCGCGGCAGCCUCACCAUCGCCAAGCUCCUGAAGGAGCACCAGGGCAUCUUCACCUUCCUCUGCGAGAUCUGCUUUGACAGUAAACCCCGGAUCAUCAGCAAAGGCACCAAGGACUCUCCGUCUGUCUGCUCCAACCUGGCUGCCAAGCACAGCUUCUACAACAACAAGUGCCUGGUGCACAUCGUCCGCUCCACCUCCCUCAAGUACUCCAAGAUCCGCCAGUUCCAGGAGCACUUCCAGUUCGACGUGUGCCGCCAUGAGGUGCGCUACGGCUGCCUGCGGGAGGACAGCUGCCACUUCGCCCACAGCUUCAUCGAGCUUAAGGUCUGGCUGCUGCAGCAGUACUCAGGCAUGACCCACGAAGACAUCGUUCAGGAGUCUAAGAAGUACUGGCAGCAGAUGGAGGCGCACGCGGGGAAGGCCAGCAGCAGCAUGGGUGCCCCGAGGACACAUGGGCCCAGCACCUUUGACCUGCAGAUGAAGUUUGUAUGUGGCCAGUGCUGGAGGAACGGGCAAGUGGUGGAGCCCGACAAGGACCUCAAGUACUGUAGUGCCAAGGCCCGGCACUGCUGGACCAAGGAGCGGCGGGUCCUUCUGGUGAUGUCCAAGGCCAAGAGGAAAUGGGUGUCAGUGAGGCCACUGCCGUCCAUUCGCAACUUCCCACAGCAAUACGAUCUCUGCAUCCACGCACAGAACGGCCGCAAGUGCCAAUAUGUGGGGAACUGCUCCUUCGCACACAGCCCGGAGGAGAGGGACAUGUGGACCUUCAUGAAGGAGAACAAGAUCCUGGACAUGCAGCAGACCUACGACAUGUGGCUGAAAAAACACAACCCAGGGAAGCCUGGGGAAGGGACCCCCAUCAGUUCUCGGGAAGGGGAGAAGCAGAUCCAGAUGCCCACAGACUACGCAGACAUCAUGAUGGGCUACCACUGCUGGCUCUGCGGCAAGAACAGCAACAGCAAGAAGCAGUGGCAGCAGCACAUCCAGUCCGAGAAGCACAAGGAGAAGGUCUUCACGUCCGACAGUGACACCAGCGGCUGGGCCUUCCGCUUCCCCAUGGGCGAGUUCCGGCUCUGCGACAGGCUCCAGAAGGGCAAAGCCUGCCCAGAUGGGGACAAGUGCCGCUGCGCCCAUGGACAGGAGGAGCUCAAUGAGUGGCUGGACCGGCGCGAGGUGCUGAAGCAGAAGCUGGCCAAGGCUCGCAAGGACAUGCUGCUGUGCCCACGGGAUGACGACUUUGGCAAAUACAACUUCCUGCUGCAAGAGGACGGGGACCCUGCCGGUGCCACCCCAGAAGCCCCUGCUGCUGCUGCCACUGCCACCACUGGGGAGUAGGGCCAGGUGUUGGCCGUGGGCGAAGUCCUGGGGUCAGGGGGUGGGGUGGGGCCAGAAGGCCUGAUAGAAGGGUCAGGGCAGGCCAGGGGGCUGGGGGGCCGCCCUCAUCAGGCAGCCCCCAGCCCCCUGAGGCCCCAUCCAUCUUCUCCCCACCACCACCCCAGUGUGCGUACCCAGGCGCACGUGCUGCAGCCCCCAGAGGCCCCGCUGAAACCUGGGCUGCCCUUCCCCAACUCCCACGGCUCUCCUGGUUGAGGAGGGAGGGGCCUGGCUGACCCCUCCAGCUUCAGCCUCCAGCUUUAACUUCUGUCUGCUCCUAAUGGGGGCCCAAAGCUCAGGGCUGGGGAGCCUGGGGUCCCCACUUGAAUCUGCAGCAGGGGGGUCCUUCUCCCUGGCCCGUCCUCAUCUCACCCCCUCCCCCUGGGGGCAAAUCAGGACACAACAGAGGGCGGAGGCCCCAUUAGCUUUAAAAUGUAGCCCCAGGAUGGAGCUGGGCACACUGUGCUGGUCACUUACCCUCUGGGGCCUCAGCUUCCCCUCCGGAAGGCUGGGAGGAGCUGGGCUAGAUGAUCUUUGGAGCUUAAGGAGUCCCGGCCCUUUCUCGGAUGCCACCACCUGAACCCUGCUCCCUCGGGGGCCAGUGAAAAUAGACUAUAGGUCCUCAGAGCCUUCAGAGAUGAUCCAGCCCAAACCCCAUUUUGCAGAGAGGAAAACUGAGGCCUAGAAGGGAGGAGUGGUCCGCCCAGGGUCCCAGCACAAGGCAGAGCUGGGAUGAAAACAGGGCUGAAAAGACUCAGGGCCAAUUAUUGGCUGAGCCCACAGUCCCCUCAGCAGGGAUGUGAUGGUCUCUGAAUCGGUAUGCAGCUGGGGUCCCAGGCAGCCCUGCCUGGGGGCUGGGGAAGGGAGGCCCAGAGGAGGGCUGGCUAUGUGAGCACCCCAUGAAGGGACUGCCUUCCAAGGGGCGCCCAAGGAUGGUCCCUUUGGGUGCAGCAGCAGAGGUCGCCUCCCGACAUGCGCUCUGGGAAAGGUGGCAGAGGGCAGGACACCAUGAGCUCAGGAUCUGUGCGAGGUGUGGGAGGUGGGAAGGGUGAGGGUCUGGGGGAUGUGGAGAAAAGGGAGGCUUGACCCCGGGCACCAUGGGCCACUCCAGGAUGGGACACCGCCCCUCUUUCUUGGGGACCCAGUAUGUCCUCUUCUCUAGACCCAGACAUACAGUUAUAACCGUCUGUCCUAGCCCCUCCCUGAUCCCUGGCCCUACCCGCUGUCUGGGACUCCAGUGGACCCCCCACCCCUGCCCCCACUCACCAAGGCCUCUCUCGUCCCUCUCGUCUGACAUGUCUGUGUGCACCCCCCUCCUCUCCACCCUACCCUCCAUGGGCAGAUCCACCCUCCCCUGGUUCCCCAGACAUUCCAGAAUGCCCCACACCAUUGGCACAGGAGUGGGGCAGCCCCGGAAGGAACCAGGGAUUAGGCUGUAGGGGGGUGAGAAGGAGAGAAGGGACCACCCCAUUCUUCUCAGCGUGCUGACACAGUGACAGGCUGCCCAGGGCUGGAGGGGACGCUGUUCCUCCCGCCGCCACUGCCCAACCUUUCCUGAUAAUCGUGGCAUGCACUCUUUCCUCUUCCCUGCCCCACCCCCUGCCCCCAGCAGGCCAGCACUGCAGAGUUUGGGUGCUGGUGGUGUGGCUGUAGGGGAGGGGAGACCACACCCAAGGUGGGGGCUGUGGCCAUGUGUGGCCGUGAUGUCGAUGAUACUCGUUUUCCCUGAUCCGUGGUGUUGCAGUCUGUUGUCACCAGCCUUGUUUCUAGUGUGUAUAUAUGUCGCCCCCGUGAUGCAUAUAUACACAGGUAUUAAAUAUAUCGCUCUAUAUAAUAUUAUAUAUGUGUGUGGUAUCCAAGGAAUCACUUUUAUGAGGGCUAAAGAUAAAGAAUUUGGCCAGAAAAUGCAGCCAUCCUUGUGUGAUUAGGAGGGUUUCAGGGGCCACUGGACUAUUUGCAAGGUGACAGGGAUUGGAGCCAUGGCUCAGAGGUGAUUCGGGCAGCCAGGGGCAGGAGCCACCCUCCCAGGCCCAACUCUGCUAGCUUCCCAGACCACCCCCAUCAAGUGCGGAGAGAGUGGGAGUGCUCAGGGAAAGAAGGUGAUUUGUAUUUGUGUCCCCGCUGAAAGGAACAGGAUUCAAGUCCAGAGUUUUCAUCUUCAGCCUGUGAUCUGUCCAGGGACCCUUGGGAUCCGGGGCUCCCUGGGCUGGCCAGAGCUGGAGCCCCCACAGGGUAAGGAAGAGAGUGGGAGGUAGAGUAUGAUGGGGAGGAGGGACAGGAAGACCCUUUUAAUGAUGAAGGUAACUAUUUCAGUUGUGAGCCUUCUAGGGCCCCAGGCUGGGAGGCUCAGAGGGCUGAAUCUGGGGCCUGUGUUCCCCCUGGCAGGCAGGGACAAGAUGGCAUGGCAAGCAUGGGGGCAGGGUGGGUGGGGAGGGAUGCUGCAUUUCUCAGCUGGGCAGUAAUCAAUUUAAUGGUCCUUUAAAGUGUCUGUGUAUUAAAAAUUUAAGAAUACCACACUUUAAUAUUAAAUAUUCAUAAGGUCUAGUAUCUUGAUAAUAAUGUAGAUGUUUUAAUAACAAUUUUUGUCCUUCUUAAAAUAAAAUGAAAGAAACUUGCUUCCUUUAGCCUUUGUUCUAGAAAAUAAACUUGUGCAUUUUGA